UGGCGGCGGGAGGCAGUCGCGAGUGGACCGUGGAGCGCGAUGGCCGUGUCUUGGGUCACUGUGCUGGCGCUAGCCGCUACUGCGCUGGGUGCUUCCAUUGCACUGAGAACGCUAGCAGUCCCGGGCAGAGCGCCGCCGACUGAAUUUCAGCUGAAAUCGAGCCGAAUCAUCCGCACUCUUAAACGUGUAUCUGACAAAGAUACCCUGGAGAGAUCGUCAUGUGGCAGGGUGUGGGUCACCGUCCACUCGCCAGAGCUGCGGCUGAGCACCACAAGGAGGCUACAGGAUGCCAUCGAACUGAACUGGGACUUCAACGGAUGCUCUAAUGUGCCGACACAGAUCGGCCUAUUCGACUCCCGUCCAGAGGACUUCAGCCAAGCGUUGCGGACCUACCCCCUGGACUCAGUCAGCGGCUUCCUCAUCACCAACGUGUCUCUCGGAGACGCCGCCCUGCCCGCCGGCUGGGAGAGCGGAGGGGGGUACAAGGGGGGACACUGUCUGUGGCCCCGGGUCGCAGCUGGGGGGGACAGGGUCGACACUUACAACUGCCUGAAGAUUCAGCCUACGUGGAUGGAGGAUAAUAUGAACAAAAUAGCAGAGCUUCGUAUCGGCGAGCUAGCUCUGCCGGGCACCCAUAAUGCGGGGUCGUGGAAGUUCAACACGGCGUUCAACACCGCCAGUCGAGACAACAUCGUGCUGUGUCAGGACCGCAGCGUGUGGGCCCAGCUGGUCUACGGGAUCCGGUAUCUGGACUUCAGGAUCGCGUAUUACGGGGCCGGCCAUGAGGAUGAGAGAUAUUGGCUGAACCACAACAUGGUGCGAGUCCGUCCACUAGUGCCGCUGCUGAGGGAAAUCAGGGUUUUCCUCGAUGCCACCAAGGAGGUAGUAUUCCUAGACGCCCAUCACUUCCCCAUCGGAUUCUACGAGCCCGACGGCUCUCCCAUCCGCAAAGUUCACGCCGGUCUCCUGGAGAUAGUCCAGAGGGAGUUGGGCCCCCACCUGGCGGAUGCCAGCGAGUUCCACACCGGGUUCGGCACCCGCGGGCCGAAGCUCCAAACGCUGGUCGAAGCGAACAAGAGACUGUUGUUCAGUUAUGUGGACAAUGCUAUUGUUGGUGAAAACAACUGGCUGUGGCCCAUCCUGCCGCACCUGUGGGCCAAUACCAACAACCCCGACACCCUGCUCGCCUACUUAGACCGGGCCAUAUCCUCGUCCCCGCAGCCACACGCGCGCUCGCCCCUCCACUCCGCCAUGGCACAGACCACCUUCAAUGUCUGGGACAUCUUCAAGGGAUCCCUGAGAGUCAGCGCUGAUGCAGUCAACCGGAAUGUCACAGAGAGACUGGGCACGAAGUGGCGGAAUCAAGCGAAUAUAGUGUCGACGGACUUCUUUUUGGGGAAUGAUGUGAUAGAUGUGUCGAUAGCGUUGAGUGUGGAGAGGGGGGGACGGUUAUGACGUGUGGGGCAAGUGAGGAGUGGGGGGUUAGUGUUAAGGAGGUCCUGGCGCCGCCCGCCCGGGCCAAAGAGGUCCCCGUGGCUGCCUCACAGGCGGCAUCGCUCCAGACUGCCCCGGCUAUACUUACACAACUGAUUGUCUAGUUGAGUUGCUUGUACAAGGUGCAAGUUCUGAACUUUCUGAAGAUUGAGAGAUGGCUGCAUUGAUUUGCAGCGUGUGUAGCCACUUGAUGGCUCAUUACGCCCCUUUAUCCGCCCGUGAAGGAAUGUGUAAAUAAUUUUAUAGUGAGAUAUUGUACCAAGGACAUUAAUGUAUUAUUAAAUUGUAAGCGACAGUUUGUCAGUUCAUGGAACGUUGUUGUACAUAAAUUAAAUUAAAACUUGUGCCAAAUA